CGCAGAGUACCUACCCACGAUGCAGCGCGGCUGCAUACAACAUAGCCAUCUUGUCAAGAGUGACUGAGUGAGGGAGGUAACUGUGGGCGCUGUUUAGAUCCUCAUUUGUUUCAAAGCGUGAAAUUUAACAGCGGUUUCUUUUUCUUUUUUUUCCCCCCCCAACCUCGACCGUGAAGCGAGUGUCGCCACCGAAAGACUCGAAGCUGGUGAAGCGAGCCGCUACGCAGGACUGCUUUCGGGAAGAUGUCUCACAUACUUGUUCCGACGUAGGGGGAGUGUUCAGCAGCCACUUGGCUUGACUUGCUGGCUAGCUCAGUGAGUGGAGGGCUGCGGGCCCUCCUCAGCCUAAAGUAGCUCCUGCAGCUGGGUAACACACUCUGCGACAACGGACGUUUGACAACUGCACAACCGGGACAUUGGCAGGCCGGUCCGGGCGACGCCGGAUCAAACGACGCAAAAGGCGGCAGAUAUCCGCGUCUAAAGCCGCGUUGCUGGACAAGAACGAGACGAAAGUGAAGCAUUUGGCGUUAUGAGCUCAUGAAACGCAACAGGAGACCGAGAGAGGAAAAGGGAUGGCGUAGAUUCAUCUUGAUCACAAGCUAAGUAAAACAGAUGUUUUAACAUGAUCUGAGCUUUUUCCAAACUUGCCAGCCCAGCUCGUCCCUUUCUGACGGAGGUAUCAAAACAUAGCCAUAGCACAACUUGGAAAUCGGGCUGUCAAUAUGUCUAAAAUGCCGGCCAAGAAGAAGAGCUGUUUUCAGAUCACAAGUGUGACUCAGGCCCAGGUGGCGGCUAUAGGUGCCGCCGACGACACGGAGAGUCUGGACGAUCCGGACGAGUCACGGACUGAAGAUGUGUCGUCGGAAAUCUACGACAUGUCUCGGGCUGAGUACGAGCCUGCGUGUGACAGAAGUUCAUCCGAAGAAGCUCUGAAUAACGUCGGAGAGCCAGAGGCAGUCAGUGUUAUGGCGCCUUCACACAUACCUCACCCCGGUCAGUUGUCUGCGCUGUCAAGCAAUCCCAUUGGGGAGUUUCUCAAAGUGACUCAAGGUGGUCAGCAGCAGCAGCAGCAGCAGCAGCAGCAGCAGCAGCCGGGCGUCACACCUGGUUUACCCCUUCUCACCCAGCCCGGGGCGAUGCAGCAACAGUCUGCAUCUGCAGCCAGCGUGUCAACCAACACAUCCCAACCUGCUGCAGUGACCGGUUCAGCUGCUGCUGCUGCUGCUGCUUCACCCGCCCCCACCUCCACGGUGAGUUGCACUUCACGCUUCAGGGUCAUUAAACUCGAUCACGGUACUGGAGAACCCUUUCGAAGAGGCAGGUGGACGUGUACGGAGUUUUACGAGAAAGACUCCGAGGGCUCUGUUGUUGGCAGGACUGUAGAUAGCAUAAGGCACGCCAGUGCAACGCUGGACCCUGCUGCAGACAGAGACAGUGGGCUUGGGCACACUGGAGGAUCUGUGGUUGCCCCGGCAACGCAUUCAGGUCAGGGCUUGAGCUCCGUGGCGGAUGCUUCUCUCUCGUCACCCCGCAUGCAUCCAGUGGAGACACUACCGCAGCAGCAGCAGCAGCAGCAGCAAAUCCAGCAUCAAAACUACAGCGCUUGGCAACAGGGUGUCAGUGGGUCGACCGCACAGAGCGUUUUCUCCAGCAGCAAGCCUACACCUGUCCAAGCUCAGCCGACAGUCGUAGGUCUCCAGCCUUCUGCUCCCCAGACUGGGCUGCCUGUCGGACAAAACGGCCUGCCUCAGCCUGGUGUCCUCUUACAGAAGUCGCCCAUCAUGCCUCCUUCAGCCCAACCCAUUGCUUACCCUCCACAGCAACAGCCGCUUCCUAUGGGCCACCACCUGAGCAGUCAGUCGGAGUACUAUCAGCAACAACAGCCCACUUCCAUGCAGCCAGGUCUUGCCACUGGUCAGUCCCUCCCAGUGUCCAGCCUUGCUGCAGGGCCACAGCCCAUAGGACAAGGGCCCGCUUCUGUCUUGUCCCAAACCUCUGGAGGGGCUUCUGUGCCAAGUCAGGUUGGAGAUGUUGCAGGAGCAGGAGGGGGAUCUGUACCUACCGGACAGCCAGCCCCGGGUCUCUUGCAGCAGCAGCAGCAGCAGACUGGAGGAAUGGGAGGUGUUGGAGGCUCCAUACUGACUGCUGGAUCCACUUUGCAGCAGCAGCAGACCGUGAGUCAGUAUGCAGCCGCUGGACAGCCUCAACCCCACGGCCUCCACCCUACAUCCUCCAGUGUACAAAAUGUGCCUGCCAUCGCAGCGAGCUCUAGUGUGCCCACCACUGUGCCCGCUGCUGUGCCCAGUGCCUCCGGUGCAGCCAUGCCAAAUGUGACAACCUCCAGUUUGCCUCCAGGUCAGAUACUCCACAGCAAGACUCCCGUGGCUUUGGGGGCGCAAGGCCUCCCAACAACUGCAUUUGGACAUUCUGAGGGUGCUGGUGGCGGCGGCGGAAAGUCAGAGGUCCUCGUCAACGCACAGUCUCCUGUCGUCUCUGGAAAGGAACCAGUGAAGCCCUUCAUGCCCGAGAGCCUGCAGCUCGCCACUCCAACCGUCAACAGCCUGUUUGGAAUCCACAUACCUGUCGACGGGGAAGUGGACAGGAACCCUUCCAAGGCUUUCUACCAGGCCUUCCAGUCUGGCAGCAGAUUAAGGGACUCAAAGGCCCACAGCGAUAGGGCCUCUGGAACCAAUGUUGCUGCCAUUGAUAAUAAAAUUGAACAGGCAAUGGACCUGGUGAAAAGCCAUCUGAUGUAUGCAGUGCGCGAAGAGGUGGAGGUCUUAAAGGAGCAGAUCAAGGAGCUGUACGAGAGGAACUCUGUGCUGGAGAGGGAGAACGCUGUGUUGAAAUCUCUGGCCAACAGCGAGCAGCUGUCUCAGCUGUCCACCCAGUCGGCCACAAGCUCCAGCACCACGCCUCCCCAGCAAGGACUCAGCCAGCCUCCACAGCAGGCCCAGCCUCCACAGCAGGCCCAGCCUCCGCUUCAACAAGUGCAGAAUCAGCCACAGCCGCAGCCACACCCCCAGCUCCAGCACCACCCCAAACCCCAGCAGCUCCAGACUCAGCUCGAUCCCAGCCAACAACAACUGCAACCCAACGUCACCUCCGCUUGAAGUGCAUCUGCCCUGCUUCGCACAGGGCAGAAAAAAGAAAAAAAGAAAAAAGAAGAGCAUCUUCUCUACAACUUAUUACAAUUUAGUGUAUGUGAAAUUUAAAAGAAGAAAAAAACUUUGUCUUCUUAGCCACCAGCUUGACCACAAAGUACAGUGCUUGUGUGUAUGUGUGUGUCAGAAUGGGUUAGAAGCAAGUGUGACUGUGUAAUGAAAGUGUGUAUGCAUCUGUACUGUGGGCCUUUCCAGUGUUAAUGCAAUCAUCAAAAGAGAGAAAGAGAGAGAGAGAGUUUGACAGAGAAAGUGUGUGUAGAGUGUCAGGGAAGGUCAGGGUGUUUCUUCUUCUCCCCCAUCUUGGCUUUGUUCCCGGAUUGGUCGACUGCUGGGUCCAAGCCUGUGGACAGGAUGUCUUUUCUUGGACCAGGACCGAGCAAGACCGGGCCUACGACCUGACCUGAAACCUGCUCAGAGCAUGGGUGUGGAAAGGGAGGGGAGGGAGGUUCAUCACCUCACGUAAGGGACAAACAGGAGUGAUUGUCAAAGAGAGCGAUUAUUUUUUUAAACGAGAGAUAAUUGAGUGGGUAAAGGGGUAUUUUUAGCCUUGCUGUUUCAUGUUGUAAAGUAAGAAGUGGGAGAGAGUCUAUUCUGUUUUUUUUUUCCAAGUCCAACCCUUGCAUCAGUCUUUUGAGUUCUACUGUUAAGUGUUUUUAUUUAUUACAGGGCUGCUAUAAAUGAACAAUUUCAUGAAACCUGUUUAAACAGUAGCCCGGUGACUUGUUUCCUUUUUUCCUUUUACAGCAUUGCAACAGAUUGGCCAUACUUCCCAAAGGGGGGGGGGGGCGAUGCUUUAUGUUUAAUUGUUAAAAGAUGGCGGCAAAAACAAACAAAUCAAUUCUGACAAACGUUUAACACUAACUCAAAUGUUACUCUGCAAUUGCCAACUCAUUGCUCAAGUCAAGAUCCAGUAUGAAUGUACAUUUUUGUAUAGUAUAAAGUAUUAAGAGCCUUGAUGGGUGACUCUUCACCCGUUGUCAUCAAAUCUUAAGGUGGGCCUGCAGAAGGUAUUUGAUGAAGAUUAAAUUCUGUUGGUAGUUUACUCUAAAAGUGAAUUAGUAUUGCCAUACCCUCCUCCUUCAUGUUUUUUCCCCCAUGUUUUUCCUGAUGGGGGACAGGGGGGGGGAAGCUGUGAAAUCAUUCAACCUACUUUGUAACCAAAGAUGCAAAGCUGUGUAAAUUGAUUAUUUUUAAAUGCACACAUGUAUGUUUUUUUUUGUUUUGUUUUUGUUUGUUACUUCCUCCUUCACAAAUAUUUUGUUGCUGUUCAGCAUGUUCUGCAUGAUCUGUAAUCUUUAAACCACUUUCUUACCUCAUUUUUAUUCAGCACUCUUAUUGUAAGAUAGUCUGUGAACAGUGUAAAUGGGGGCGGGGCGGGGGGGAGGGAUGAUGCAGAGUCGGCAAAGAGAAAAAUAACCUAGUGUUACUGACACUAGUCACAGAAAAAUGAAGUGAGCCAUGUUUUGUUCAUUUAAAUGGUGUUUGAAUUUCAUAUGCCAAUAGUUUUGUUACAUUGCAAAUUUUAAUGUAUUUAAAUAAAAGCAAUAUUCAGAUUCCAAAA